UGAGUCUUGGAGGAGUUCGGGGAGAGUCUGAACGCGCCGCCGGUGACCAGCCGAACCGGUCCGCUGCUCGGAUCAGACCUGCGGGGGUGGACGCUCCACGAGUUCGGAUUUGGACUUUCAAAACCAUGGGAUUCGAGCUGGACCGUUUCAAGGGAGCCGUGGACCCGGAUUUCAAAUGCAACUUGUGCAACAAAGUUCUGGAGGACCCGCUGACGACUCCGUGCGGUCACGUCUUCUGCGCCGGCUGCGUGCUGCCGUGGGUCGUCCAGCAGAGCAGCUGCCCCGUCAAGUGUCAGCGGAUCUCCACCAAAGAGCUGAACCACGUCCUGCCCCUAAAGAACCUGAUCCUCAAGCUGGAGAUCAAAUGUGACAACCAGGCCAGGGGCUGCGCGGCCGUGGUCACGCUGCAGCACCUGGCCGAGCACGCCGAGGUGUGCGAGUACAGCCCGGCCAAGUGCGCCAACAAAGGCUGCGCCGAGGUGCUCAACCUGCGGGACGUGGGCGCGCACAUGCGGGAGACGUGCGAGUACAGAGCCUUGGGGACGUGCGAGGGUGGCUGCGGGCUGAUGCUCAGCCACAGAGAGUCCCAGAACCACUGCUGCGUGCGCGCGCUGAAGGCGCACAACAGCGCGCUGCAGUGCAAAGUUCUGAGCCUGGACCGGGAGCUGAAGAAGCAAAGCAUCAAAGCCAACAAGAGGGAGAAGGUGCUGCUGGCGCAGCUGUCCGCCGUGCACGGAGAGCUGCAGCUGACCGCGCUCAAGUACCAGAAGAAAUUCACAGAGUACAGCGCCAGGAUCCGCGCCCUGACCCGCACCGUCAGCCUGUCCUGCCAGGAAGGUGAGACUCAAAGCGUGACGGCCAUCCUUCUCCGUGAUGCUGGAUCUCUGGGUUUCAACAUCGUAGGAGGAAGACCCUGCAUGAGCGUCGAUGACAGCACUUCAAACGAAGGGAUAUUCGUGUCCAAGAUUGUUGACAACGGCCCCGCGGACAAGGAAGGAGGUCUUCAAAUCAACGACAGAAUAAUGGAGGUCAAUGGGAAGGACCUUUCCAAAGCCACUCACGACCAGGCGGUGGAGACCUUCCACAAUGCCAAGGAGCCCAUUAUGGUCCAGGUCCUACGGCGGGCCCCGCACCCCAAACUGCUCAGCACCAUUACUGACACCCAGGUGUCGGACACUAGCACCCAGACCGACAUCACCCUGGAACACAUCAUGGCCCUGAGCAAGCUGCCUGCCUCUGCACCCACCAUGACGGUACUGGAGGAGUACCUGCUGCCAGAGGAGCGUCCUCCAGGACACGCCUACUUCGACCCGGCUGAUUUCCUCGAGGGCCUGCAGCAGGACAUGGAGAGAGACGAACUGGAGUACGAGGAAGUGGAUUUGUACCGAGCGAAUGUCCAGGACAAGCUGGGCUUGACGAUCUGUUACCGCACCGACGAUGAGGACGAAGCUGGGAUCUACAUCAGUGAGAUCGAUCCAAACAGCAUUGCUGCCAGAGACGGCAGAAUCAGGGAAGGAGACAAAAUCAUCCAGAUCAACGGUGUUGAGAUCCAGAACCGUGAGGAUGCUGUGGUGUUACUGACCAGUGAGGAGAACCAGAACAUUUCACUGCUGGUGGCCAGACCGGAGAUCCAGCUGGAUGAAGGCUGGAUGGAUGACGACAGGAAUGACUUCCUGGAUGACCUUCACAUGGACAUGCUGGAGCAGCAGCACCAUCAGGCCAUGCAGUUCACUGCCAGCAUGCUGCAGCAAAAGAAACACGAGGAGGACGGCGGGACCACAGACACCGCCACGCUGCUAUCCAACCACCACGAGAAGGACAGCGGGGUCGGCCGCACCGAUGACAGCACUCGUAAUGAAGAGAGCUCAGAGCAGGAGAUCCUUGGCGAUGACCAAACCAACACACUGGGCAGCUGCAGAAAACUGACCUACAGCCAGGACACGCUGGGCAGCACAGACCUGCCCUUCAGCAGCGAGUCCUUUAUCUCUGCAGACUACGCAGACACCGACUUCCUUGGCAUCCCGGCUGAUGAGUGUGAACGUUUCAGAGAGCUCCUGGAGCUGAAAUGUCAGAUGAGGAGCAAUGGACCUCGGAGUCUGUUCAGUCAGGGCGGAGGAGGCCAAGACCAUGAGGGUGUCGACAAAGAACUAGAGCUCCUCAAUGAGGAACUGCGGACCAUCGAGCUGGAGUGCCUGAACAUUGUACGUGCCCACAAGAUGCAGCAGCUGAGGGAGCAGUUCCGUGAGUCCUGGAUGCUCCACAACAGUGGCUUCCGUAACUACAACACAAGUAUUGAUGCACGACGCCAUGAGCUCUCUGAUAUCACAGAGCUACCCGAGAAGUCUGACAAGGACAGUUCCAGUGCCUACAAUACAGGAGAGAGCUGCCGCAGCACCCCUCUCACUUUGGAGUUGUCUCCAGAUAACUCACUUCGUCGAGGUGCAGAGGACCAGGGUCUGGCUGGGGCGUCUGGCUCGAGCAGCUCCAGUGGCAGGAUGCCCAAACCUCUGCUGACCCCUGUCCAGGAAGCUUCUGGCCCCGGCCUCAGCAGAAUCUCUCCCAAGGACCCAGAUGGAGUUGUGCCCGGAGAUACCAAAGAGAGAAAACAAGUAGAGUCAAGUAAGGCGGGUCGGUGCGCCAUGCUUUCCCAGCCGCAUUCACCUUACAAGCAUGCGCACAUCCCAGCCCAUGCACAGCACUACCAGAGCUACAUGCAGCUGAUCCAGCAAAAAUCAGCCGUGGAGUACGCCCAGAGCCAGAUGAGCCUGGUCAGUAUGUGCCGAGACCCCAUCGCUCCCACUGACCUGGAGCCUAAGAUGGAGUGGAAGGUGAAAAUCCGCAGUGACGGUACCCGCUACAUCACCAAGCGCCCUGUUAGGGACAAGCUCCUGCGUGAGCGUGCCCUCCGAAUUCACGAGGAGCGCAGUGGCAUGACCACAGAUGAUGAUGCCAUAAGUGAGCUGAAGAUGGGACGCUACUGGAGCAAGGAAGAAAGGAAGCAACACGCCAUCCGUGCCAAAGAACAGAAGCAGCGGCGCGAGUUCAUGAAGCAGAGCCGCUCCGACUGUCUGAAGGAGCAGGCGGGACCAGAGGACAAAAAGGAACCCAGUAUCAUUGAACUAAGCCACAAAAAGAUGAUGAAAAAGAGGAACAAGAAAAUAUUUGAUAAUUGGAUGACCAUUCAGGAACUGCUGACCCAUGGAACCAAGUCCCCUGACGGUACACGGGUCUAUAACUCCUUGCUGUCUGUGACCACAGUCUAGAUCCUGUUUUGGGUUCAGGUGAACGGUCAGAGUGGGCGAGAAGGAACGUGAUGGACCGUAAAUCAGACGGUGCUAUGUAGGGGCAAGUUACCUGCCUCAGUUAAUGUGGCAACAUUUUGUAAAUAGAUUUUUUGGGGGGUUUUUUUCUGGAGUACACUACGUAGUGAAGAGAAGGUCCAGUUCACGUUCCUGACAGUGGCUGGACUUUGAGACAUAAUUACACAUGACCCUGAAUGAAAGGUUUUCAGAUUAUUUUCAAUAAUGUUUUCUAACUUUCUGCUUGAAAACAUUUUGAAACAAAAUAUUUGGCUUUGUAAGAAGGUUUAUUACAACUGUGUAAAAUCUGUGUGCCGUUUAUAAUAAAACCAGCCAGCAUUUACACAAUUUUACAUUAUAUUGUUUGUACUAUAUACUUUUCAAUGUUUUCCUGUUACACACUUUAUGCUUUUGGAAACAGUAUUUUCCUGCACCACAGAACAAGUAAUCCUUUUCAAAAGGGCUUUUAUAAACUAAUACACAAGAAUUUUAUAACCGCUCCUCUUUAUAUGGAAUGGUGCUGAUUUUCCAGAAUUCCUGCCAUCGACGCUGUUUCACUUACGCAAAGUAACAUAACAUGAUAUCUGUGUGUGUGUGUUAAGAGAAACAUUUUUUUUUGUCACAUUGUUCAAACUGAAAUGUCUUUUUAUUCUGCAACCACAUUGUAGUCCAUUUUGCUUUGUCGUGUUUGAUAUACUGAACAAAAACUGCAUAGCAAAUCCUUAGUCACACAAUUUACUGUCUUGUAAAAUGAGAGAAAUAAUAAAUUAUUGUUUUAUAUAUGAUGACUUUCAAA